UUUCUUCUCUUCUUUUCCAUCGUGUUUCUGUCAUGGAGAAUUGGUCAUGGAGGGAAGAUUUUGAUUGUUCCUUUAGAGGGAAGCCACUGGGUGAACAUGGACAUCUUGAUCAAAGCCCUCCACUCUCGAGGACACUCUGUUGAUGUGGUACGAACCAACAAAAGCUGGUACAUCAAGGACGACUCUCCGCACUACAAGACAAUCACAGUUCCCGUCACUGAAGCCUUUAAUCAUGACUUCAUUAACCCGAUCCUGGAGAGGAUCAUUGACACAGAAAGGGGAGGAAGCUCACUUUUGAGCUUUGCCAGUUUGCAGGUUGAGAUGUUUACUGCAAUGUUUAACAUACAUGGAAUAAUGUGCAAAAUGGCUACCAAGAUGUUUGAAGAUAAGGACUUAAUGAAUAGUUUAAAGGAGAGAGAGUAUGAUCUGGUCCUUACUGACCCAGCAUGGGGGGCAGGUAUAAUGUUGGCUCACGCUCUUAAACUACCUCUGGUCUAUAAUGUGCGAUGGGUAACUAGUGGAGAGGGGCAUUUAGCUGUUGCACCGUCUCCUUUAUCUUAUACUCCAAUGACUGGCUCCGGACUGUCAGACAAAAUGACUUUUAUGCAAAGAGUCAAAAAUCUAAUUUUCUAUGUCAUUUGGCAAGCUCAGGAUGUAUUUUUAAUUGACCCUCAGUAUCAAGCUGUUUGUGACAAGUUCUUUGGCCCAGAAGUCAGAUAUAGUGACCUUCUGAGGGGAGCAGACCUGUGGCUCAUGAGAGUGGACUUUGUGUUUGAGUUCCCUCGUCCCACCAUGCCUAAUGUUGUGUACAUGGGAGGGUUCCAGUGUAAACCUGCUGAACCUUUACCUGAACACCUGGAGGAGUUUGUGCAGAGUUCAGGAGAACAUGGAGUCAUCAUCAUGUCUUUGGGGACUUUUGUGAGUGAACUUCCUGCUGACAUGACAAAUGAGAUCGCUGCAGCUUUUGCAAAAUUGCCACAGAAAAUCAUCUGGAGAUAUAAAGGUGACAGACCAGCCAGUCUGGGCAACAACACCUUAAUAGUCGACUGGAUGCCACAGAAUGAUCUUUUAGGACAUCCAAAGAUAAAAUUAUUUGUGGCCCAUGGAGGAACAAAUGGACUUCAAGAAGCUAUUUAUCACGGAGUCCCAGUUGUGGGUCUGCCUAUUUUUUUUGACCAGUACGACAACCUGCUACGUUUGAAAGAGAGAGGAGGAGCUAAGAUUCUCACCCUCAACGCAGUGGACAAAGACGACAACUUCCUGAAGGCCAUACAGGAAGUCCUGAAUGAGCCCUCGUACAGGAUGAACAUGCAGAGACUGUCCAGGCUGCACAGAGACACACCGAUGAAGCCGAUGGAUACCGCCAUCUUCUGGAUAGAGUUCAUCAUGAGACACAAAGGUGCAGCUCACCUGAGAACAGAGUCCUACAGGCUGCCCUGGUAUUCCUACUACUCUGUGGAUGUAGUUCUGUCUUUUUUGGCGACUGUUGCAGCGAUUACUUUUCCCUCUCUGUUGUUUUUCAGAUGUGUAUGUCUUGAGAAAUGUUCGAAAAGAAAAGUUAAUAAAAAAUGA